GGUCAAAGGCCAUUAUUUUUCCUGCGUCACCGAGUAUAUAAGCUCCUCCCCGCUUGUCGCCUCUUGUGCAGUCUCCAUACAACCUGCAGUCAUGGAUAAAGCGAUCACUGUCCUGAAGGGCUCCGCGGACGUCAAUGGCGUCGUGUACUUCGACCAGGUUGGGGAUGAAGUGACUGUGAAGGGCACUAUUAACGGGCUGAAAGACGGGCUCCACGGCUUCCACAUCCAUGCUUUUGGAGAUAACACUAAUGGCUGCAUAAGUGCCGGUCCACACUUCAACCCACAUGGCAAGAAACACGGUGGUCCAGAGGAUGAGGAGAGGCAUGUUGGGGAUCUUGGAAACAUAACCUCCAAAGAUAAUGUGGCAACCUUCGAAUUCAAAGAUAAGCAAAUUUCACUGAAUGGGCCGCACAGUAUCAUUGGUCGCACAGCAGUGGUCCAUGAAAAACAGGAUGAUCUGGGAAAAGGUGGUGACAAUGAGAGCCUGGUGACGGGCAAUGCUGGUGGUCGUCUGGCUUGUGGUGUCAUUGGAAUCCGUCAGUAAAUACACAAGGAUCAGUAACUUGUCAUUGUUUGUCGGACACCGCUGCAGAAAACCCAGGGAACAAGUCUUCUGUGUCUCUAUCUGCAGAAUUAUUGUCAUUCAGUUACCACUGCUCUCAUGUCAGCGACUGACAUUGUAUCAUUUUAUAUAAAGCUUUAUUGAAACUA